AAAAAAAAAAAAAAAAAAAAUCCUAAAUUCGAUCUUGAUGGGAGAAUCCAUUCCUCCUCGUCGCAUAUGCGUUCAUCAAGUUCUUGGUGGCGGCCAAGCGGCUGAUGUGCUUCUAUGGAAGAGGUGGUGUGCAAGUAUUACCAUUCUAGUGACUGCUACGACCAUUUGGAUGCUAUUUGAGCGAGCUGGUUACAAUCUCUUGUCUUUUGUGGCUAAUGUUUUAUUCCUUCUUGUUGCCAUUCUCUUCUGUUGGGCCAAAUCUGCUUCUCUCCUUAACAGGCCACUGCCUCCUUUACCUGACCUGGAAAUAUCUGAGGAGACUAUUGUCAAGGCUGCUGGUGUGGUUCAAGUGUAUGCUAAUGUUGUAUUGUCUAUUGCACGCGAGAUUGCAAUUGGCAGAAAUUUGAAAUUGUUCCUUCAGGUAGCUUUUGGGCUGUGGAUAGCAUCAUAUAUUGGUAGUCUUUGCAAUUUACUCACUCUUGUCUACAUUGGGGUUCUCCUUAGCUUUUCUGUCCCUGUACUUUAUGACAAAUACCAGCACCACAUUGAUGAAAAGCUCUUGGUAACGCACAGAAUGAUUCAAACACAGUAUAGAAAACUUGAUGAUUCCCUUCUAAAGAAGAUCCAACUGCCAUCAAACAAGGACAAGAAAGUUCACUAGGAUUCUGAGGAAUUGACAAAAAUGUGACUAAGGAUGUGGAGAUCGGUUGUCAACAUAGGACGUUCAGGUUUUAAUCUACUGGGAUUCUAAGUAUUACUAUCAAAUAUCAGUUACUCAAUAGUAAAUCUUUAGGAGCAGGACUGACCUAACUAGCCUCUACAAGUGGGAGAAUAUUCAAUUUUCAUUGUUUUAUCUGGGUUGCCUUUGCUGUGAUGAUCUUCUGUCAGAAGUAGUUUUGUUCCCUUUUGGCAAAUAACACAACUAAGAAAAUAUGAUACUUGUGUACUGAUUAUAUGUUACCGUUUCUGCUUGUUUUGAAAAAUCAUGAUGCUUUCCAUCUCGUGAAUGCUCUGGAUGACAUUUAUCGCCUUUUUUUUUAUACAUUUUAUUUUAAGUUUAUGCACACAAAUGAAGAAUACCAUAAUGUAUUGGGUAUUCAAAAUGAUAUCAAGCGUUGUGUAACUUUUUGUUUUA